AUGGCGGAUUUAUUUGCUAGGGCAGCAGAUUCUUAUUUUCAGGAUCUCAUCCAUGGUCAGGAUCCUUCUGCUGAUCCAUCGCAACAGGAAGCAAAACAGAGGGAAGCAGAGAUAAGAAAUACUAUUUUAGCUCAAGUUCUUGACCAAGCAGCCCGUGCAAGAUUAAGCAAUUUAGCACUUGUGAAACCAGACAAAGCGAAAGCAGUAGAGAAUUAUCUUAUACAGAUGGCAAGAUUUGGACAGCUAGCUGGGAAGGUAUCAGAACAAGGUUUGAUAGAAAUACUUGAAAAAGUGAGUCAGCAAACAGAAAAGAAAACGACAGUAAGGUUCAACAGAAGGAAAGUACUGGAUUCUGAUGAAGAGGAUGAUUAUUAGUACUGCUGUAAGACUGCCAAACAAAAGGCCUGGAAUAAGGCAAGAUAUUGUUACCAGGCAGAACACAAGAUCUGAAAAUGUUUAUGCUUCUUUACUUCUUUUUUUUUAUUUUUACAAAAAGGCCAACAAAUGAACUUGUCAUGUAAAACAAACCUGAGAAGAGGAUUUUGUAACUUAAAUUUUUGUAGUGUAAGAGGCCUGAGCAGUGUGGGGUUCCCCACUACUUGGUUAGCAUGAGUAUUUUGUUGCCCCUUACUCAGUGUGUACGCUAUGCUUUCAGCAACUGCACACAGUUAAGUUGCUGCUAUUGGAGAUACCGUA